AUGCGGUUCUCUCUUGCUCUCCUCUCGCUGCUUCUGGCGCCGUCCCUCGUCCUGGCAGCUCCCGUAGAGCACGACGAUUACAUCAUCUUCGAAUCACACCCUGCACCGGAAGGAUGGCGAACCCUUCCCACCGCACCCGCCCCUUCCACGCACCUGACCCUUCGCAUUCACCUCACCACGGCCCACUCCCUCCUCGAGGACGAGCUCCUCGCCGUCUCCGACCCCACUCACGCCCGUUACGGCGACCAUCACACGCAAACCUCCCUCCGCGCCUUCACCGCCGCAGCGCCGGAAGCGGUCUCGGCGGUCACUUCGUGGCUCUCCGCCCACGACCUCGAGUCUUCACUCUCCGCCUCCGGGGAUGUGAUCAAAACUCGCGUGACGCUGGAACAGGCUCAGUCCCUGUUGAGGACGACAUACCACAAGUACCAUAACACGGAUGGCCGGACGAUAGUGCGUACGACCGAAUACUCGGUCCCUGUGGCGGUAAAGCGGUUCAUCGAGAUGGUGCAGCCAACGACCAUGUUUGGGCUGCAGCGGAUGGGCGCCACGCAUGAGCCUUUAGGUAUGACUGCGCCUGCCAGGACUGCAACGCAGACGGCUGCGGCUUGUAAUUCCUCCAUCACGCUGAAGUGUCUCGCCAACUUGUAUGGAUACGGGGGAUAUCGAUCGAAAGGAAAGGCUAGUGUAGGGGUGUCGGGUUUCUUGGAACAAUAUGCGCAGUUCGAUGAUUUCACAACGUUCCUCGAAAAAUACAGGCCUGCUGCUGCUGGAGCCAAUUUCUCGGUGGUAUCCGUCAACGGCGGUCUGAACCUGCAGAACGUUACCGACAUCAACGCCUUCGUGGAAGCAAACCUGGAUAUCCAGUACACUGUCGGCAUCAGCUACCCCGCGGAGAACACCUACUUCAGCACUGCCGGCCGUCCCCCAUUCGUCUCCGACCUCGACGUAACAGAAAACAACUCCGAGCCAUACCUCGAAUACCUCGAGUACCUGCUAUCGCAGCGCACUUUGCCCAGCGUUCUCAGCACGUCCUACGGCGAAAGCGAGCAAACCGUGCCUCUCUCCUACCGGCUCUCGGUAUGCAACCAAUUCGCACGUCUCGGUGCACGCGGCGUGUCCGUAAUCUUCGCUAGCGGCGACUCGGGCACCGGCUGGUCGUGCAAAACCAACGACGGCACGAACAGCACCCGCUUCCAGCCGGUCUUCCCCGCCGCCUGCCCGUGGGUCACCUCCGUCGGCGGCACGGAAGGCGUCGCCCCAGAGCACGCGGUCGACUUCUCCAGCGGCGGGUUCUCGGAAACCUGGGAGGCGCCCGCCUACCAGCGCUCCACGAUCGCCCGGUACUUCCGCACGCAGCCCGCCGCAUGGCGCCCGUACGUGAAGUACUUCAACACGACCGGCCGCGGCUUCCCCGACGUCGCCGCGCAGGCGAGCAACUACGAAGUGGUCCUAGGCGGCUCGGCGCGGCAGGUCAGCGGCACGUCGGCGGCGGCACCGGUGUUCGCGGGGAUCAUCGCGCUGGUCAACGAUUACAGACAGCGCAGGGGGAAGAAGUGUCUCGGGUUCCUCAAUCCCGCGCUGUACAGGAACCCCAAGGCGUUCACUGAUGUCACCACCGGAAGGAGCACCGGCUGUGAUGGGAUUUGGGGUGGAGAGCCCAUCGAGGGAGGGCCGGGAAUUGUCCCCGGUGCUGGGUGGAAUGCGACGGUUGGUUGGGAUCCCGUGACGGGUCUGGGGACUCCGAAGUUUGGGGCUUUGAAGGAUAUCUAG